AUGAAGCCCCAGCCAUGGUCACGAGUUUGGACGCGACUCCCACGUCCAGGCCUCUAUAAUCCGCGAUCAAUUGUCCGAAAUUUUUGCGCUUCUUCGCACCCUCAAUACCAAUCUCUCUACAUCCUCGAAAAUGCCACCCUGGACACCUUCCAGCAGCAAUGCUUCCUCCCCGAGCAACCAGCAAUUCUCCCACGAUCUACCUUCCAAGACCUCCCCGCCUUAAAACAAUGGUUCAACCGCUCGAGUACUGAGUCAACACCAGGCACCUCAAACCCCGUCGCAAGUCUGAACGUGGAAUAUCUCCACAAACAUGGCGCCGACGCGUUUGUCCCACUCGAGCUCACGGAAUCCACAUCGUCAGACGCUGCAUCCGUAUCCGACGGCGAGACAACAGAAAUGCAUAGCUUCCGGCAAUUCCACGCGCCGCUCUCUUUGUUCCUCGACUGGAUGCGCACGGCCGAGACCACGCCCCAAUCGACGCGGCUCUACCUAGCACAAUGUCAGCUCCUCGACCUCCCUCCCGUGCUUCGAGAAGAUUUCCCGACGCCGGAGCUUGUGGCGCGCGCGGGUAAGGGCGAUGUAUACGAUACGAAUGUGUGGAUUGGACACCCGCCCACGUACACGCCGCUCCACCGUGACCCGAACCCGAACUUGUUUGUCCAGCUGGCUGGGGAGAAGGUUGUGCGGCUGCUUGCACCGGCGGACGGACAGGCUGUGUUUGGGGCUGUGAGGAGGCAGCUGGGGAAGAGUGGGAGUCGGGAGGCAGCGGCUUUUCGGGGCGAGGAGAUGAUGCAGGGGAGGGAGAGGGCGUUGUUAGAUGAGAUGGUUUGGAGGACUCCGGUGUCUGCUGGUUCGGACGCUGGGGUUGGCUUUGAAGCAUAUCUUGAAGCUGGUGAUUCGUUGUUCAUUCCCAAGGGGUGGUGGCAUAGUAUUAAGGGUAUCGGUGGGGGUGUGACUGCUUCGUUUAACGUCUACGCCCAUAUUAAUGCGUCCAAUCUAAAAACCGGACCGAGACCCAUCUUCGCAAUCCUUAUUUUCCUCCAAGCCCACCUCACCUCCACAAAACCCGAAUCAUGCAAGUAUCGCGCACAGUCUACCGCGCCGCUCUCCUCCACCUAUCCGUCAAUCCCUUCGUGCGCGCCUCGAUCCCAGCUGGCACUUUUUGGACAUCCCUCAACGCGGCAACCCAAUCGCCAAACACCCGCCUCUACAGCAUCCUCUUUCCGCAGUGCACAACCACCUUCAAAUCAGACUGCACGCGCCAAACCCGCACAAUGUGUGACUCAUCCGACUCCGCUGCCACUGCGUCCUCAAACCCCGCCACCCAAAACGCAGACACUCAACACCAAGAGACCCAAGAACAAGAACCCCAAAAAGAACCUCUAUCUCCCCGCCAGCGACCCCUCAAACCCCAUCUCGAACCAACAAGGUGAGGGGGGCAUUAAAAUCGAUAUGAGCGGGGGCGGAUCGGAGGUCAAAUUGGACCAUCUGGGUCCGAUGGUUGUUAAUGUGGAUGGGACGUUGUCGCAGAUUGGCAACUGGCAGCAGAUGACAGAGAUUGAGAAGAGUAAUACUUUGCGGGUUCUUGGGAAGCGGAAUAAGAAGCGGUUGGAGGCUUUGAAGGCUAAGGAAAAGGCAGAGGGAGGGUCAGACGAGGCUUGA